GGAUACCACCGGACGUCGACGGGGGAAGCCCGACAUUUGCGUCGAUGCUCGGUUGGAAAUACUCAAGAAAAUCGCUUGUGCCUCUAACAUAGCUUUGCCAAUACACAUAAGCUACACAAUCGCAGCGGGAUAGGCCGGCUAGCCCCUCGGCGCACAAGCCCGCUACGGGAGUCGUUAGUGCGGCUGGCUUGAGGGCUUCCUGAACACAGGAAUAGGGCAAUCAUCUCUCCGUGUGCUUUGCUAUAGGUAUGUCGCUGAUUAGCAUGCACAGAUCCAGACCCGUGUAAAAACAUGGUUUCGAGGGAAAGUGCAAACAGGUGCUGUCCUGAAUUCGCCUCUGACACACACGCCUCCGAGGUAGUGAGCAGUGGGCAAUGUGCUAUCGGUACAUAUUCGCCAGAGAAUUUGCUCCGCCGCAGCAUUGCAUCUUACCUCACCGCCUGCUCAAUACCAAUCAUUUUACCAGUUGUGUUACAACAAUAUAAUUGCUGCGUUUUAGCAUGACGGCAACACUCACAAGCCGCACGCAAGCUGCUCGGCCUAUGUAAAUACCCUGCAAGUAGCCUUCUUGAAUCCCUCAAGGCUUUGUGCACGCGAACAGGCGCUUUCUUUCUCUAAGCAAUGGCCCCUGGCGUAGAACUGAGCCAGAACUCGGCUUCGCCUGGCGCAGCAGCCUUGAGUGCUGUUUCUGGCAGCAGCCAGAAGCGCCCAGAAUGAACAUCGACACAGACUCACAGCAUGCGGAAAAGAUGGCCGCAAUUGAGGCUGAGGCGGGCAUUGAGAACGUGGCCCUUGGCGCCGCGCGCAGACCUGAGACGCCAGAGGCGAGCGACUUCAUGGAGGAUGCACUUGAUUCAAGCAGCAAUGCAAUGCCGCCGUCGUCGUCGCUGCAGCAGCAACAGCGUCACUCGUCGACCGCACAGCAGGCGCUGAAGCUGAAGCUCGGUCGCGUGGUUGGCAGCGGCACCUUCGCCAUUGUGCACAAAGCACUGCUGAACGGCAAACUUGUAGCCUGCAAGGUCCUGCGCCCGGAGUUUGCUGCGCACAAGCUGGUGGUGCGGAUGCUGUUGAAGGAGGCCAACCUCAUGUCCUGGCUGGACCACCCGCACAUUGUGCGCUGCCACACGCUGUGUCAGGUGCCGGGUGGGGCGGGCGGCCAACAGGACACCUACGCACUCAUUAUGGAGUACCUAGAGGGCUCCUCUCUGGCCCACGUCAUCAGCAAACAGAUGAAGGAGCCGCGCCAGCCCCUGUACAGCGAUGUGGAGGGGCUGACGUGGCUGCUGCAGAUUGCCGAGGCCCUGGCGUACCUGCACGCACGGGAUCCGGUGGUCAUUCACAGAGACAUCAAGCCGGCUAACGUGCUGCUAGGUCGGCCGCAGCCGCAGCAGCUGCAGCCGCCACCGCAGGCGCUCAUAGCGCACCCGCCCGCGCGCCUCGGCGCCAAGCUGUGCGACUUUGGCCUGCACCAGACGGUCAAGGCUUUGCACCACCGACCGAUGAUCCGGGUAAACUCGCGGGUCGCGCGCGCCUCCAACGCCGGCGUCUUCCAAACGCCACGCGUCAGCGACGACGGAUCUAUCAUGCUGCCGCCCGCGCUGCUGGACGCGGCGGUCCGCGUGCGCGCCUCCAUCGACGGCGACGGCGCCGCCGCUGGCGGCACCGGCACGGGCACCGGCACGGGCACGGGCGCCGGCAGCGGCAGCGGCCUCAACAGCGGCCUCAGCUCCUGGCGGGGCGGCGCCACAGCAGGGCCGCUGUCUGCAAGCAGCAGCCAGGCGCUGGCGGCGGCGGCGGCCGCGGCGGCCGCGGCGGCGGCCGCCGCCGCGGCCUCCGCCUUGCGCGCUGGCGGCGGCGCCGGUGGCCCCUCUUCCGUCACAGACUUCGGGAGUGGCGUGUCGCUGGCGGCAGUGGCAGGUGCUUCGUCGUCGCUGCACCGGCUGCCGAGCGCGCCCGGAUUUGUAGUCGCCUCUCCCCGGGCCUCGGACGCCACGUCGGCGGCCGCCGCGGCGGCGGCGGCGCUGCUCACGUCGGGCGGCGCCGGCGGCGGCGCCUGGCCGCCAGCAGCUUCGCCGCGCACGGCGGCUAGCGGCGGCGGCGGCGGCGGCGGCCCAGGCUCUUAUGCAGGUGGCGGCGGAGGAAGGGAUGCGGCAGCGGCGGCGGCUGCGAUUGCGGCCGUUGCUGCGGCGUACGGUGGCGGGGGGCAGCAACCGGCGUCUUUCCGCCGCGCGCCCGUCACUUCGGGACCGUCACUUCAGCCUGUGUCGCCUGCGCUGCUGACGGCGCAGCGACUGGAGCAGCAGCAGGCACUUAUGCAACUGCAGCAGCUGCAGCAGCUGCAGCAGCAGCAACAGCAGCAGCAGCAGGAGUUUGCUGCAGGCCCCGCCAGUGACACAUUUAUGCAGCAGCAGCACCAGCAUCAAUCGCAUCAACCCCAGCAGCAACAGCAGCAACUGAGGCAGCAACUGAGGCAGGUUGCACAACAGCGCGUUGAGUCAGCAUCCAGCCCCCUUGACUCCAUGCCGAGUCCCGAGGUGUUCACGGGCGCCUCACCCACCGGCCGCGUGGGCGUCAGCAGCCCUCUCUCCAAUGCCGCGUACGGCGCGCCCCGCGUGCCACCUCAGCAGCCCGUCACGUACCGCCAGCCCCAUGCCGCGGUGCAUGCGCCGCUGGCUCCCUUGCUUCCCCACACCCCGUCGCUAGACAGCUCCCCGCCCGGCCUGCAUCCUGCACACCCGCAGCAGCACCCACACCCGCAGCAGCAGCAGCAGCGGCAGCAGGCCCUGAGCUCACAGCUAGCUGCAAUGAUGCGGUACACUCACGACAGCACAAGCACCGCCGGCACCGCGGCGGCGGCCGCCGCGGCCGCCGCCGCCGCCAGCAUCAGCAGCCGUGCCGCGCACCACACGCACCACCCCCAACAGCAGCCCCAACAGCACCCCCAGCGCGCGCCGCAUUCUCAAGCACAACAACAGGCGGCGGCAAGUGGCGGCGGCGGUGGCGGCGGUUUAGUGGCGCACCUCGGAGCCAUGUUCGGCCGCGGCGGCGGCGGCGGCGGUGGCGGCGGCGGCGGAGGACAACAGACACAACAGGCGCCAGUGGUUGCCUCCUCAGGGCGCUCGGGGCCGCUGUCGAGUCAGGUGUCGCUUCUGCAUGAGCUGCGCCGUACCUCGGAAACAGAGCCGCUGCCGCCGGGGCCCGGCCGGCACUCCGGGCCCAGCCACCUCCCGCACCACACGCACCACACGCCGACGUCGCCCAUGCCUACGGGCGCGGGUGAGGAGGCGGCGGCGGCGUUUGUGCAGCAGCACUACCAGCAGGGCGGCGGCCUGCUAGCCCAACAACAGCAGCAGCAGCAGCAGCAGCAGCAGCAGCAGCAGCAGCAGCAGCAGCAGCAGCAGCAGCAGCAGCAGCCGGCGGCGAGCACCUCCUCCAGCGGGCGGUGGCCGCUGCAUGCCUGGUUCUCACGGCAUCGAGCGUCCGCCGGCACAGCCGCCGAGGGCGCAGGCGGCAGCGGCGGCGGCGCCGGGCGCGGCGGCAGGGGCGCAGCGGAGGCCGCGGCCGGCGGCGGGCGCGGCCGCGGUGACAUGGGCAGCGGCCCCUCCGGCGUUGUACGCCGCUCCUCCUGCCCACGCCUCGGCACUACUACUACAGCCGCCGAAUCCCAAGGGCUGGCGGCUGUAGCAGCAGCGGGAGUGGGAGCGGCUGUAGCGCCAGCGCACUCGGCUGUAGCCGUGGCUGCUGCGGCGGCGGAGCCGCAGCAGCAGGGGCUGGGCGCGCGCGGCGUGCCGGGUCUGGUGGCGACGCCGGUGAGCCCGGGGCCGGCGGCGGCGGCGGACGUGACGGGGACAGCGGGGCCCAUGUCUGCAGCCGUUCUGCCGAGCCGGAUGCCAAUAGGGCAGAGGCAUCGUUCGCUGUCCUUUGGCGGCCGUGGCGGCGGCGGCGCCGCCAUUGCGCCGUUUGGCGGCGGUGGCGGCGACGCCGCUGUGGAGGCGGCGGUGGCGGCGGCGGCUGUGGCCGAGGUGGAUGCGGUGGCGGCGGCCGCCGCGGCGGCGGCGGCGGCGACUGCGGCGGCUGCGGCGGCUAUGGCGCCUACGCCUGGCGGGGGCCUGGAGAUCGCGGGCUUGCCUGUGAUUGAGCGGGUGUUCCAACUGAGCGGCCAAUGCGGCUCCAGUAUCUACAUGAGUCCCGAGGUGGCUCAGGAGCAGCCGUACAAUGAUAAGACUGACGUAUUCAGUUACGGCAUCAUGGUGUUUGAGGUCAUGUGCCGUACGCUCAUCAGCCACACGCAGGCGGGCCGGGACGGAUUCGGCUUCACGCGGAUGCUGGUGGAGGGCCGGCGGCCAUUGCUGCCGCCCGAUCUGGACCCGCGGGUCAGGGCGCUCAUCGAGGCCUGCUGGCGCCAAGACCCCUUGGAGCGGCCCACCAUGCGGCAGGUGGCGGCGGAGAUCCACUACAUGCUGUACGGCAUCGCCCGCCCGCCACGUGAGUACGAACUGCUGGCGGCGGCGGCGGCGGCGGCGACAACCGGCGCCGGCGCCAGUACGCCGCCCUCGCGCUCCGCCGGCACCCCCGUCAGCGGCAGCACGGCAGCGGCGGCGGCGGCCGCGGCGCCGUCGUCGUCGUCGUCUGGCGCCGCCGGCUUUGUGGCGCUGCCGGCCAUGCCGCCGCCGCCGCCGUCGCGGCCGUCGACGUCACUGGCGGCGGCAGGGCCGGCGCCGGCUGGCGCUGGGUUUGGCGUUGGCGCCGCCGCUGCAGCGCGCCCGCCACCGUCGCCUCGCGGCGCUACCAAGCCGAGUGCUGUCGCUGCCAGGACUGCCGCCGACGCCCCAGCCUUUGCGGCUCGUGGCAGCUCGACGGGCCAGCUGCCACUGCGGCCGACGCCGGUGGAGGUCCCUUCGGUGCCGUCGUUGCAGCCGCCGUCGCUGACUCGGGUGUCGUCGCAAACGCCGGCGGGUGCGGACACGCCGCUCUCCCCGUAUGAUCGCAGCAGCAGUAGCUUUGUCAUCCGCGGCGGCGUGGCGGCGGGCGCACUGGGCUCCUCAUUUGUUGUCCCGGCGUCGUCGGCGGCGUCGGCGGCGGCGUCGGCGGCGGCGUCGGCGGCGGCGGCGCGCUCCGCAGCUGGACGAGCCUCUUCAUCUGCCGGCGGCUCUGACGCCGUUCCGGCGACGGUGAAGGUGUCGAGCCUGGCACCGUCCGCCGCCGGCCGCGGCGGCGGCAUGCAGCCAAGCGCCUUCGCGGCGGCACCGAACGCUGGCGGCGGCGGCGGCGGCGGCGGCGGGCCCUCCGGGCAGCACCGCCACUACUUCACUGCCGCCGUCAACGCGGCCGCGGCGACGGCGGCGGCGGCGGCGCGGGCGUCUGCCGGCGUGACGGCGGGCGCCGCCGCCACCGUCACGCCGGCGAGUGUGCGCAUGUACCACAACCCCCUCUCCGCCGCCUCGCUGCCCGCUGCUGCUGCUGCCGGCUCCCAUUCCGCCGCCGCCGCCGCGGCUGCGGCGGCGGCGGCGGGUCCCACAGAGGAGGGCGCCGCGCGCUUCAUGAGAACCACACAGCAGCUCAGUGGCACGCUGAGUCAGCAGAUGAGUCCGCAGAUUAGUCAGCAGAUUAGUCAGCCCAUCAGCAGUGCCCAGGUCAGUGAGCACGGCGGCCACGGCGGCGGGCGGUUGCCCAGUCGUACUUCGCCGCAGGAGUCGUACGGCAUGGUGGUUGGCGGCGGGCGGCUGCUCAGCACCUCCACCAACACCGCCACCACCUCGGGAGCUCUCGCCACCACCGCCACGCCCUCCACCACCGCCCCCGGCACCUCCCGCACUGUCUCCGCCUCCUACGGCUCCUCCCUCUGGUCCGCCAACACCGCCACCGCCGUGGCGGCGGCGGUCGCCGCCGCAGACGCCCCCGGCGGCUAUGGCGGGCUGAUGUUCGGCCGCAUGUCCGUACCAACCAAGUCUGGUAUUCCGCCGCUGCCGCCGCCGCCGCCACCACCGCCGCCGUCAAGCGGCACGCAGUCGUCGUCCCGCUCCCGCUCGAUGUCCUCGCAGCGCCCGCCGGGUGCGGCCCUGGCCGGGUCGGCCUCCACUCCGCAAUCCAGCGGUGGUGGCAACGCGGCGGCUGGCGGCGGUGGCGGUGGCGGCGGCGGCGGCGGCCCAGGCCCAAGCAACGCUAGCGCUCCGCUGGCAACACCAGCAGUGCCUGCCUCUCCUACGACCACUGCGGCGGAGGCGGAGGCGGGGCUGGCGGCGGAGGCGGCGACAGUGGCUGGCGACACGCGCUCAGCAGGGCGUGUGUCGUCUGCUGUGGGGCCCACCGCUGCCAGGACUGGAACGUCCACGGGUUACACGGGUACGUUGUCGGUGGGACCCGCCGCCAUGACGCCCACGCCCGUCGGCGCUGCCAGCAGCGCCCCCAGCGCCGCCAACAACACGCCCGGCCAACACCACCGCCCGCAGCACCAGCACCAGCACCAGCACCAGCAGCCCUCCUUGCCACCCUCUUCCUCGCUCGCGCCUCAGCAGGCGCAGGCGCAGGGGCAGGGGCAGGGGCUGCAGCCGUUGAGAACACAGCAGGGCUCGACGGCGGCGAUGCUAACCCGUGCCGCCAACAGCCGAAAGGGACUCAUAGGCACUUCAAGCGCCACCAGCAACCCCAACACGACACGCAUGGGCCCGGGAACAGGCACAGGCGCAGGCUUGGCGGCCGGUGGCGGCGGCGCUGAUGCAGGUGCAAGCGCGAGGGAGCUUACUAGCAGCAGCCGUGCCGCUGCGGCCGCUGCCAACGCGGCAGCCUCAGCCGUGCUGCACCCACGCAGCAGCUACAACAGCGCCGCGGCUGGCCCCGGGGAGGUGGACAUUGCGGCCUCCAUGGACAGCAGCGGCGGCGGCACCGAAGGCGGCGGCGCCGCAUCGGCUAUGCCGCCCGCCGCCCCCAAGAGCCUGUCGUUCAGCGCCCGCGGCGGUGCCGUCCCGUCCGUGCUCAGUCUGUUUUCUGAAGUGGACACUUCCGCGCAUGGCAGCCCCAGGGGCGGCGGCGGCGGCGGCGGCGGCGGUGGUGGCGGUGGCGGCGUCGCCAUCGGCCGCACCGGCAGCCGCGGCUCUGCUGGCUCCAGCGUCGUCGCCGCCACGGGCGCCAACGCCAGCGCGUCUCUCAACGCGGGCGCGGCGGCAGCGGGUGAUGGGGAGGCGUCGGUGCCGACGCCGCGCGCCUUUGGGUUUGGCGCCUUUGCGGCGCUGCGCAGCGGCCGCCGCAGCUCCGUGCGGGUGGCGGCGGCGGCGGCGGCGGGCGGCAGUGUGACGUCGCCGCGUGGCAGCACGCACAGCGGCGCAGGCGUGGGUGUGUUGGCCACUGGGUCAGCGGCAGAGCUCGGCGUGGCCGUAGCAGCGGCGGCGUCAGGGACUGCGGUGGGGGCUGCGGUGGCGACGUCGGCGGGUGGGCCGGCGGGGAUGUCACGGCUUGCGAGCGGCGGGCGCCGUCGUGGUGACGAGGCGGGGCCGGCGGGCGCCGCCGCGGCCUCGGCCCACCGCGCAGAGGAGGAGGACGAGGGCGAGCAGGCGGAUGGCCACAAAGCGACGGCCGGCUGCGGCCGUUGCGGCUGCGUGAUUUCGUAAACGAAGAGAAGCAUUUGUCGAUGCAGUAAUGUGCGCAUGCUCAGACUGAGAAAGAAAGUUGAAGAGACGCUCUGCGCUUUGCAGUUUGCUGCUGCAGUAGCCACUCACUGGAAGAAGACUUGAUUAUCCGGACU